UUGUUCUUCACAUCUCCAACUCUUGUGCAAGAAAAGAAGUGUGCAGAUUGCAUUAAGAGAUGGCUUUUGAAAUGAGGGUUGCAUUCGCCAUUUUCUUGGCGCUUUUCAGCUUCCAAAGCGUUUUGGUGAUGGGUGAAGGAGGUGUGGAAUGUGAGAAGCUUCCUGUAGAGAUGUGUGCUUUCUCUGUCUCAUCCUCCGGAGCUCGCUGUGUGCUCGAGAAGAAAUACUCUUACGUCGCCUCAACACACGAAUCGUCAGUAGAAUACCAGUGCCAGUCAUCAGGCAUAAUGGCGGAGAAGAUGAUGGAAUGGAUUGAGAGUGAGGAGUGCCUGCAAAGCUGUGGGUUGCAGAGAAUGAGUGUGGGCAUGUCGACUGAUGAUCUUUCUGAAUAUUCUGAUUUCACCUCUAAACUGUGCUCAGACAAGUGCCAAAACAGCUGCCCCAACAUUGUGAAUCUCUAUCUCAAUCUGGCCGCAGGGGAAGGAAUAUAUUUACCUCACCUGUGUGAGGCUCACAAAACACGAAGCCGGCGAAUGAUGUUCGAGAGUGUUGCACCUGGGCCAACUGUGAAGACCUUUUCCCUUGGUGGAGUUGCCCCUGCACCCUAUUAGAAUGAGCCAGCCUUAAAUCUCACACACUAAGCAAUAUAUUAAGUCUGAAGAAUGUUAGUCAAUUCUGAGUGUUCAACACUUUUAAGUCUAGAAAUAUAAGCUUAGUGUAUGUGAUUUAAGCCAUUCUUACUAGAUAUAUUAUAUGUUUCUUUGUUAGUAAUGUUGUAAUUUAAUAAAAGUUAUAUUUUCCAUCAUUCAUAGAUUAAGUAAUCUAUGGAUUUAGAAUUUCACAUGUUGUAGAUGCAUUCUAGCUAUGAAGAGAUUUGUUGUCGUAAAAGCAAUCUAGCUAAAGUUUUUAAUAACAAAGUAUUUCACUACG